AGCUGAGCUACUAAUAUCCAUUACUGAGGGACUAUUUACGUAGCUUUCCCCAACUCAAAACACCACUUCUCGUUCUACUUCAUCUGCCUCAAUUUUUGCUCACCUAAGUCUAUCUCCUCUAAAACACCAUUUUACAUUAAUCUAUCAUCAUGGCUCGCAAGUUCUUCGUCGGCGGCAACUUCAAGAUGAACGGCUCCAAGUCGUCCAUCAAGGAGAUUGUCGAUAACCUCAACAACGCUGAUCUCGACAAGAACGCUGAGGUCGUUGUAUCUCCUCCUGCCAUCUACCUCCCUCUCGUCCGUGAGACCCUCCGCAAGGACAUCGAGGUCGCCGCCCAGAACGUCUUCAACAAGCCCAACGGUGCUUUCACCGGCGAGAUCUCCGUCUCCCAGCUCAAGGACAGCGACAUCAACUGGGUCAUUCUCGGCCACUCUGAGCGUCGUGAGAUUCUCGGCGAGUCUGACGAGACGAUCUCCUCCAAGACCAAGUACGCCACUGAGAACGGCCUCAAGGUCAUCUGGUGCUGCGGCGAGACCCUCGAGACCCGUGAGGCUGGCAAGACCAUCGACUUCGUCUCUAAGCAGCUCGAGUCCCUCAAGUCCCAGAUCUCCGACUGGUCCAACAUUGUCAUUGCCUACGAGCCCAUCUGGGCUAUCGGCACUGGCAAGGUUGCUACCACUGAGCAGGCCCAGGAGGUCCACAAGGCUAUCCGUGACCUCCUCCGUGGUAUCAGCGACAAGGUUGCUGACGAGACCCGAAUCCUCUACGGCGGCAGUGUUAACGAGAAGAACUGCGGCGAGCUCUCCAAGCAGCCCGACAUUGAUGGUUUCCUCGUUGGCGGUGCUUCUCUCAAGCCUGCUUUCGUCGACAUCAUCAACGCUACCAAGCAGUAAACGUACGAGUUCAAAAGUAAAAAGUUCUUGUUCCGUUGAGGUCUUUGAUACCUUGGUAUGGGAGCAGAUAGAUGAUGAAUGAAACAAAAAUGAUUAUACCCAUGAAUAAUUGGUCAUCAUUCUAU